AAUAUUUUUUUUUUCCAAAUUUUUCCACAGGAUUGUCCACAAACCCUUGUCCUGUACUAAACCAUGGGAACUGAUAGAAGGAUUAGUCGUAGUGAACGUACUGGAAGAUAUGGUUCUGAUAUGCGCAAACACGAUCCAGAGUGCUAUGGAAAACGAAGCAGAGAUGUGGAAAAGGAUUAUGAUCGACGCUGGGUCCAUGAUAGGUACAAAGACUACUGUGAUGAACGCAGGGACCAAGACAGCCCAGAGAGGAGCCGAAAACGACGCAGCAGCAGCAGAUCUGAUGAUGAAUAUGAUGGUGACUAUCCAGAGCAGGACUACAAAAUGGAGCAGGAGGAGGAGGAGGAGAGCAAAACGAUUAUGCUGAGAGGGCUCCCUGUCCACGUCACGGAAGAUGACAUGCGUACAGCUCUGGAGCAGCUACAGGGACCACAGCCUGUGGACAUACGUUUGAUGAAGAAAAGGACAGGUAUAAGCCGAGGUUUCGCCUUCGUGGAGUUUUAUCACUUGCAAGAUUCUACCCGAUGGAUGGAGACCAAUCAGAACAAGUUGGUGAUCCAGGGGAAAACCAUCGCAGUGCAUUACAGCAACAGGAAACAGAAGUUUGAAAACUGGCUUUGCAAUGCUUGUGGUCUGUACAAUUUUCGGAAGAGGCUGAAGUGUUUCAGGUGUGGCGCGUCAAAAGUUGGUGACUUUACUGGUGUAAAUGGUUUAAAUGUCGAGUGUCAACAGCCAGGAGAAUACAGUGGAGACACGAUCAUUUUGAGGAACAUUGCCCCUCUCUCUACUGUUGAUGGAAUUUUGAACUUACUGGCACCGUACGCCAACCUGUCCACCAACAACGUCCGCCUCAUCAAAGACAAGCAAACGGGACAGAACCGAGGCUUCGCCUUUGUCCAGCUCUCAUCCCCGCUGGAGGCUUCUCAGCUGCUCACCAUUCUCCAGAGCCUUCAGCCACCUCUGAAACUGGAUGGGAAAACAGUCGGCGUGGAUUUUGCCAAAAGUGCUAGAAAAGACUCAGUGCUGCCUGAGGGGAUCAGAGCCAGCGCUCUCUCUGUUGCCAGCACAGCCAUUGCUGCUGCUCAGUGGUCAUCUAGUCAGUUGCAGCAAAGCUCAGGUGCAACUUCAGAUCAGAUCGCUUUUCCAGAGAGUUAUGCAAACAUGUGGCCACAGCAGCCUGAAGGACUGGUUCCUGUCGUUGGAGAUGGAUUACUUGGAGCGGCUCCAGGAAUGGCGUCUGUGAUCUCCGCAUCUACAGCUGUGGUCAUAUCCCAGGCAGCUCAGGUCUACCACCCCAUCAUAAUCAGUCAGCCUGCUGUUCAGACACAUCCACUAGCUGUUGCAGCCCAACAGGCUGCUAGUGUUUGCACCACAUCACUCACAACACCAGCAUCUUCCACUGUUGCAGCAACGAUCUGUGCCGGACCGACUGCUAACACAACAGCUGUUCCCGACACCUCCACGUACCAAUACGAUGAGUCUUCAGGUUACUAUUACGAUCCACAGACUGGCCUGUACUAUGAUCCUGGCAGCCAAUACUACUACAACUCAGAGACUCAGCAGUACCUUUACUGGGACAACGAGAAGCAGGCGUACAUCCCUGCACUGAGUGAAUCCGGCACAAACACAGAACAAGCGUCCACAGCGAGCUCUGCAGCCACCUUCUUAACAACAGGUGGUAAAGAGACUAAAGAGAAGAAAGAAAAGCCCAAAAACAAGUCUGCACAACAGAUUGCAAAGGACAUGGAGCGUUGGGCAAAAAGCUUAAAUAAGCAAAAAGAAAGCAUUAAGAGUACUGCGCAAGGGUUAGGAUCUUUUAAGGAUGAAGACAGAAAAGAGUCUGCUGCUGCAGAUGCAGGUUUCUCCCUCUUCGAGAAGAAGCAGAUCGGAAGCUUUGAGAUGCCGUCCCUCAUGACUGAACAAAUCAAGCUUGAGGAUGAGAUUUUGUCUAAGAGUGAUUUGGUCGCUGCCUACAAUGGGGAUAGCGACCCAGAUGAAAACGGCUCAGACCGAGCAGCCGAUGAGGAGGGGAAAAUGACCGACUGGAAGAGGAUGGUGUGUCUGCUGUGUCGGCGGCAGUUCCCCACCAAAGACGCUCUGCUGCGUCACCAGCAGCUCUCUGACCUACACAAGAAAAACUUGGAAAUUGAAAGAAGAGCUAAGCUUUCAGAAACGGAGCUGGAAGAGCUAGAGAGGAAGGAGGCUGAGCUGAAAUACAGAGAUAGAGCUGCAGAAAGAAGGGAGAAGUAUGGUAUUCCUGAACCUCCUGCACCUAAAAAGAAAUUUUACAAAGCACCAAGCCCAACAGUAAACUUUGAGCAGCCCACUAAAGACGGUUUAACAAGCGAUAAUAUUGGGAGCAAGAUGUUGCAAGCGAUGGGCUGGCAGGAAGGCAAAGGUCUGGGACGUCACCAACAAGGCAUCACCGUUCCCAUCUCGGCUUCAUUGAGGACCAAAGGCACCGGUCUGGGCAUUAAAGGAAGCUCAUAUGAACUCUCACCAUCUGACACCUACAAGGAUGCUGUGCGUAAAGCCAUGUUUGCACGCUUCACAGAGAUGGAGUGAAAUGUGGAGAAAGGAUAUUGUGCUGUGCUCUGAAAUCUUUAUCAUGUGGACAAAGGAUUUGAACACAUAACAUACAGGAGAUUUUUCCACCUGUACAAACUUUUAACUGGAGUUUGUCUUGUUCGUUUAGGAAAAAUCUAGUUUUUUAAAGCUAGAUUUGUUUGUUUUCAGUGCACUUUACAUGUACAUUUUGUAUAUUGUUUGUACAUAAAAAAAAUUAUGUAGAACCUCUGAAGCUUUGUUUUGUGAGAACCUCUAAGAGUCAGUGUGAUUAAAUAAACAUGCACAAUGUGCCCACAA